AUGGUCCGAUCGACGCAAGUUGUGCGUGUGUCUGACUCGCUCCCACUUGCUCAGAGUGUGGAUGAUGACCAGGAUCCGGAGCUGGUACAGCACAAACAGCAAGCCAAAAUUGUCUUCCGUAAAAUCUCUCCUUCGUCCGAGACGCGAUGCAGCAUUGAUGGCGGCUCCAUGACGUUUCACUACCUUAUCCAUCCGCCGCCCAGUGAUCCCAAUGCAGUGGUAUUUUUGACCAUUACUGAUCGCUCGUACCCUCGGAAGCUGGCGUUUGCCUACCUUGAUGAGCUUUCGAAGGAAUUUGAGAUGAGCUACAGCCGUCAGGUCCAUCAACGAAAUCUGCGUCCUUAUGCAUUUGUGGGAUUUGAUACGUUUAUGCAACGUACGAAGCGCUUGUACGCGGACACUCGUACCGCACAGACAGCGGCUGGCUCGCACUUGGAUCGAUUGAAUGAGGACUUGCAAGAUGUCCAGAAGAUUAUGACGAAGAAUAUGGAAGAUUUGCUAUGGCGUGGUGAUAGUUUGGACCACAUGUCUUCGAUGUCGUCCUCGCUUCGCGAUGAGUCGCUGAAAUACCGCCGCGCUGCUCGCAAGAUCAACGUGGAUGCAAUGAUUCGCAAGUAUGCACCUGUCGGUGCCUUGGUACUCCUCUUCGUCUUUAUUUUGUACAUCAAGUUUAGGUAG